AUGUCACACGCUCCAAACAGAGCAGCUCUGUCGAAGAAGUGUGACGUAUGUCAAGAACGAGCUGGCACGUUGUCAUGCACUGGCUGUGAGCAAGUCUUCUGCAAACAAGACAUGACUAAACAUCGACAGCAGCUCUCACGUGAACUCGAUCUCGUCAUGCGCGAACAUAAUAAUCUCGACAAACGAAUUCAACAUAAGAUGACAGGUGAUCAGGGUGGACAUCGAAAGCUGCUCGAUCAGAUCAACGAGUGGGAGAAGUCAGUCAUCGAUAAGAUCAAAGAUGCUGCUCAACAAGCACGUGAACAAGUGCAUCUCUUUCUUGGUGCUCAACCAGCCCAUCGUCUCAGACAAAUCACCGAUGACAUUGAAUCUAGAAUGAAAGAGGAAGACUAUGUUGAGACAGACAUCGAGUAUUGGAGUAAUCAAGUGAAGAAACUGAGUAAAGAGAUUGAAAUGGGUGAUUCGACGAGCAUCGUGAUCAAGACUGCACAGGUUGAGUGGACGUCGUUGAUCAAGGUGCAAGAGAUAUUGCCAGGGAAGACGAGAAGAACACUUGAUUAUGGACGACUGAAAAGUGAAGCAUCGAAGGUGAUCAAAGACGAGAGGUAUAUCUAUGGCUCAUCCCCCGACUUUUUGUUACUUCAUGCAGACGGACAAAGUCUAUGUUUAUCAGAUCGAACAGGGAAGAACAAAAUAGAGAUCAAUUUCAAGUCAGACUGUUGGAUAAACGAUGCUUGCUGGUCGACAUUUCUGAAUGGAUUUAUCAUUCUAACUGGUGUAGGAGAUUCAUAUACAUUAGAUGUUGCAAAACGACAAAUGAAUGUGAUUGGUAAACUCAGAAGUCAUGACAAAAAGAUAUUUCGAUCUUGCACAUGUUCAGGAGAAACAUUGUUAAUUAGUACAUAUGAAAAAGGCUCAUCAAUUGAGAGUGGUAUUCAACUAUGA